AUGGCUAUUGCGGGAAAUGUGGCCGACUUCACCCAAUGGGAGGCCUUGUAUACAACAGGGAAACCGGAUGCGGCAAUGAUAGGGCCUGCUCUGAUCCAAGGCUUUCUGCAGUAUUUGUUUCAAGGUGCUCAGUGGAAACGGUUCUCGAGACAGGCUAUCAAGUUCUACGACAGAUGCCAAGGCGAUCCCAUGACACUACGAGUAUAUGUCUUCUUGCUCGUGUUUUUCUCGAUAGUACAGACCGUGUUUGAGAGCUACAUAGUGUGGCUUGUAACAAUCGAUAUCUAUCCCAUACUGCCUACUGAGCCCCUCUGGAACGCAGUAAUCUGUACUCUAUGUGAGUCGUACCUCAUAAGACGAUGCUACAAAGUGACCGGUAGGAACAUCGCGGUCCUGCUCAUCCUGUCGGCGCUUUCGGCCACUUCCUUCGUUGCGGUCCUCAUCCUCGUCAGUAUUCGGGAUCGCGGGACUUAUUCUGACGGACCGGCAUAUACUCAGCUGCUGCAUGCCAGUACCUACGCAUACCCCCUUUGGGUGUAUAGUCAACUCGUAACUGCAAUCUCGUUGACAUCCAUACUGUCCGUCUCCCUAUGGCGAACGAGAACCGGACUCCCCCAUCUGGACCGCACCGUCGCCUGCAUCAUCUUCCUGACCUGGGAGACUGCCGCGCUACCCUCGAUCUGCAUGCUUGUUUCCGGCAUCAUAUUCUCCAUCCGUGACGCACAGGGCCCCGGGAAGUCCGUUGUCGAGCGCUCGCACCUCGACCUCUUCUUUGCCAUCCUCACCGGCAAGCUGUAUGCGCUCGGACUCCUCCGCAUGAUCAACUCACGUACGAAGUUCCGCGAGCGGCUGAAUUCUAAUUCUCUCGGGCGUCGCACGCUCUCAGGGUGGCAAAGGGCCGACGACACGGCCAACUCUGCGGAAUCGCGGGACAUGAACGCAGGCCGAGGGGAGAUGUCAACCUUAAGGGACUCAGUAGCUGAGAGCAGAAAGGAUUUCGGGUCGACUUCCUCAGCCGUCCAGAUGGCGGAGUGCGGUGCUGGGCUGCCGACUUCGACGGCGACGAAUCCCGUAGUCACUUUCCAGCCGCCCGAGGAAGGAGGCAGACAAUGGGCUGUUGGGAGUGGAUCCGGCAUCGAGGUGCAUAUGAUCAUGCAGUACUGGCCUAUCAAAUACUAA